AUGCCGCGUAAAAUUACAACACAUGGUCUAAUUGAAGGUUAUUAUCUAAAACAUAACGGUCAAAUAUUCGAAGUAUAUGAAGCUGUGCCAUACGCUCAGCCACCAGUGGCCGAUUUACGUUUUAAAUCACCCUUACCACUGACACCAUGGGAUGACAUUAAAAACUGCGGGAAAGGACAGAGGAAGCACUGUGUCGAUUUUCGAUUCAAUUUGAACAAGAAUCAAGGCUUAGAAGAUUGCUUAUACAUGGAUAUAAUACUACCAGCGGAGCAAGAUCAAUCAACGAACUCAUCUGCAUUGCCAAUUCUAAUCUGGAUUCAAGGAAUAUCCUACCAGAUUCACAGCAAAGAUGAAUAUUCGUUCGCAAGUAUAGCAGAGAAUUUUGCUGCUUAUAGCAUCAUAUUCAUUUCGAUAAAUUACAGGCUUGGUCCUCUCGGCUUUUUGAGUGGUGGUCAUAGAGAUUUGCCUGGAAAUUUCGGGCUGGAUGAUCAAAUCGAAGCUUUACGCUGGAUAAAAAAUAAUGCAAAAAAUUUCCAUGGUGAUCCUGAUAAUAUAGUCUUAGCCGGAGAAAGUUGCGGGGCUAGCAGUGCAAGCCUUUUAUCUGUGUCACCUAAAACUUUUGGUCUAUUCAGUGCUGCAGUACUCAGAAGUGGUAGCGGAUUAGCACCUUGGGCUGUAAGAUCGACUUCAACUGAAAACAAUUCUGCUCGUUUCAUAGAUUACCUUGGAUGCACUUACAAUCAUACUUUGGGCAUGUCACAUAUAAUCGAUUGCUUGCAACAACUUAACAUUACCAAAUUAUUCGAAGGAUGGCUGUACAUUGCACAAACAUCGUCAAAAGUGGAAUCGCAUCUUUUGGGUCAUACUUACUUUACUCCAACUAUUGAUUUAUAUCGGAUUGAUGAAAGCAUUAUUCCCUGUGAACCAACGGUCCUCAUUCAAAAAAACGCUCGAAUCCCAAUCAUGAUCGGUGUGACAAAUACCGAAUCAGCAUUUUUAUUGAAAAAUAAUCCUGAGGGAAACCGAUUAAGUUCAAAUGACGAAUGGAAUUUGAAUCAAGUUAUUUCACCAAAUUUGUAUGCAAAUUAUAGACAUAUUCAGAAAGCAAUUGAAUUUCAUUAUAUGAGUAAUAAUCAGUAUUUUGAUGAAACAGAUCAUUUGUUAACAAAAAUCGUUACAGAUGAAAAUUUCAAGGCUCCAGCUGCACGAGAAGCAAUGUUCUAUGCUUCAAAAAAUCUCACUGUUUAUGCAUAUAGCUUUCAAUACGUCAGCGAUUCAUUAAAUAGCCAUUCAACAAAAGCUCAUCAUCAAGUUGCCCAUGGAGACGAUUCGAUGUACUUGUUUCAUGCUACUAAAUUUUUGCAGUGGAGUGAAUCAGACAGAAAUGUUGCAAAACGCCUUUCUCAUCAAAUUGUUAACUUCCUCCAUGUUAGAUCAACUGGCGAGCCACAGGCUUUGCCAUAUACAUUGCUUCAUAAAGUAGCCACAUCUAUUACUGGUCCAUCAUCCGAUGAACAAAUUGAUUUUUACACAGACGUUUCAUAUUUCUGGUACGAAACCAUUCCAACAAUAGAAAUGCUAAAUCUCGAACCACAGUAUCGAGUAUUACUUCAACCUUGUACGAUGUGCGAAUAUCCAUACAAAAUACCUUUUUAUAUUAUACUUAUACUGCUCAUAUUUGUUACGAUUUGUUCAUUAAUGCCAUUUAUUCGUCGACAACGGAUUCGCCACAACUCGAAGUAUACUUUAAACAAUGGAAUGCCUCCACCAUCGGAUGAAAAUUUGUGA